GCCUUUUUUGUUUGCUCUUCCCGUCAAUUCCCCAGUGAGGAGGAAGCCCCUGGAGUAAGGUCUUUCUCUACCGUCGGCACUGGAGGGGUGAGAGCUGUAAGAGGGAGAAUCGGGAACUGCAUGGGGUUGGCCACUCCGGUACUUGAGUGGCUUUCGUCCGCGUUAGGAAGCAUGGGGAACGGGGAAAAAGCAGAGGGGCGAAAUGUCACCGAGGAGCGGGGGCGGAGAGGGCAGCAAGGCGUGCGGCCGGGAAGCGAGCAAUCAGGUGAGGGUAGAGGACCGGGAAGGGGGCGGCGCCCCGGGACCCUGUCCAGGCGGUAGGCGUAAGCGGGCGGGGAGCUGCCUAGAGGUGGGUGUGUGUAUCUGGGUGUGUCCGGGCUGCCGUUGGGGAGGGGGCUGCCCAUCCCGGGGUCCUGAGGGAGGGGCCCACGAGGGGGCGGGUCCGGCAGCUCAGCCCGGCCCGGGGCCAAGCGGGUGGAAGGUCUCCGGGUGCCUUGAGGCGGGGUGGAGGGAGAUGGCUGAGCGCCCCAGGAGCAGGCUGCGGCGGAGACCGGGCGAGGCGGCCCCAGUGCAGGGCAGCGGGACUGCUGUGCGGGGCCCGAGCCCAGUCAAGGAGCAGCACCUACCUCCGGGGGUGGAAAUGGGCCGGAAUGGGCCGGAACACCGUCCCGGAAGUGAAACCCCCCACCCCCUCCCCCGGAGCGGGCGACGUGCCGGAAGGAAAUCGCUCACCCUUACACCGCCCCCCUUCCCCCUCCCCAGCGCUUUCCGUCCCUCGCGCCCCCUCCCCUCUCUUCCCCUCCUCCUCAGUCCGUAGGAGGGUGGGGAGCCCUGCAUCACGUGGGCGGUCGUGUCCCCGCCCCGGGGUGCGGCCAGGGGGCGGGGCCUAGGGGCGGGCUUAGAGGACUGGACGGAGGUGCUGCUGAAGGAGGAAGAGAAUGAGAGGGGGAGGAGUUGAAGCCGACGCUGGCGGAGAGUCUGCGUCAUGACGUCAUGGAAUAGAAUCCUUAUAUACAGGCGCCUGGACGCCAUCUCGGUCUUUAGAAGGAACGGUGCCAGGCAUGAAUGCAAUGUGGCUUUUGAUGGCUUCUGGUGGACGGUUGUGUACCAAAGGGAUGAGAACCGCUGCUGGGGUCUUACAGCACAAGCUUAAUGCUGUAUCCAUGGGCAAACAGGCACUAUGCAGGAAGUUAAGCACUAUGUAGGCACUAAGCUGAAAGUUCAAGGGGUGGACUUGAAUCCUUGACCUGUCCGGGCCAACUUUUUGAUCCUGGGUACACGUUUUUAUCUAUGGAUGGCUUGCUUGGGGUGCAAAUUUUGGAGAUCUUCUAUAUAAAGGUGACAAGAGAGGUACUGGCUACAACGCAGGGAGCAAGACCUUUUAAGCAAAGGCACAUGUGUUACCCUGAAGAUUUCAAGGGCAUUUAUGACAGCAGUCAUGCAUCUUAACGGUUGACAGCUUAUACAAUGUCCUGAGAGAUUCAUUAUGAGAAAAAUGUCCAUCACAGCUUUAAAACCUUGCUUUGGAAGGAACUAAUGAGAAAGCAGAUUGGAAGGAUUCUGGCAAGAAGAGGCCAGUGAGGGAGCCAGGGCAAGUACUGCUUACAUUUCACACAUGCAGGAAGGGACGCUAAGAGAGGUUUAUACAACUUGCAAGGUAAAGCACUGAUUAAGAUCUUGUGACUUUUAUUUCAGUGAUUUUUUACGUUAUAUCAUGUUGCUUCUCACUAUAUUAUGUUGAUAGCUGAAGUGUCAUUAUCCAGCUUCCUUUAUAGGAUUCUCUUGAUGAGGCUGGUUGAACUGACCCCUCCAUCAAUGGACCAGUCUAAAGGGGCAAGAAUCUUCCCACAUUUCACAUAUGGUUUGAUUACCUCUGUCCUAAGAGAACAAUCUACUAUCGGGGUAUGAAAAACAUGAUUAGAAAACACUAUGCCAUUAUGUUACUCUGUCAAAAAGCCAUGUUUCACACCUCUCCAAGUAAAAAGAAACUUCAAAAAAGUCCCAAAUAAAAUAAUCCUAAUAAUGCAUGCUCUCGUUAAAAUUGGAUACCUUUUGUCUGUUUCUUCAUUGAGGUGAAGAAUGUUGCCUGGAUUCCUUCCAUUUAAAAACUUGAAGUCAGAUCUGUGGCUGAACUCCAGAUCUGAUUUUAGCCUUGGGGAAGCAAAGAGGACAAAACUCAAAAGCUCAACUUUCUGGAUGGCAUGGAUGAUUCAAUGAACUCUUUUUUGUUUCUGAGUCUGUUGGCCAGGAGACCUGGAUAUGAUAGGGCUUCAGUUCCUCAGGCGGGAUAGAAUCUGGGGCAUUGCUCAUAAGGUCAUGCCCCUGGAAAGAUUUGGGGAAGGCUAUGACAUCUCUGAUGCUUGGCGCUCCAGUGACAAGGCACAUCAGUCUGUCUAACCCUGUAAAAUACAAAGUUAAUAGAUGAGAAUGUAACCUAAGGUUGGGGGUGACUUAAUUUUUCUAUAAAGGUUGUAGAAAACUUUUAAGUAAGAACCUUUAAUAAGUUGCAGCUAAGCAUAGUUCCCUGCCUUUUUAGAGAACUUUUGUUUGUAUGAGAGGUUUCUUUUAUCUCAUUCCAGAAAAGUGCUCAGGACUAAUAUUCACAUGCUACUGGGAUUAAUAGUCACAGCAAUUAAUGAGUCCUGAGCAAGGGCUUACUGAAGGUUGAACAAAAUUAAGUGCUGUGCAGGGGACUCCAAAAACACAGAAGGAAGUCCCUAUUGUUGAGAGCCUACAAUCUAGGGAUACAUAUGGCUUUGAUGGUUCCUUGGGGUUUACUAAGCGCAUCUUGAAGAAAUCCAACCUCUGUGUUUCUGAACAUAUCACUGAUAUCUACAAUCUGGAAAGUGGAUAACAGAAAAAGGGCCUCUCACUGUUGUGGCCUCUCCCGUUGCGGAGCACAGGCUUCGGACGCGCAGGCUCAGCAGCCAUGGCUCACAGGCCCAGCCUCUCCACGGCAUGUGGGAUCUUCCCGGAUCGGGGCACAAACCCGUGUCCCCUGCAUCGGCAGGCGGACUCUCAACCACUGCGCCACCAGGGAAGCCCAUAACAAUAAACUUCUUAAUUUGAAACCUCAAACAUACUUAUCCAACAUGCUUCAUUUAUUCUAACCACAGCAUCAAAGAGGCUUGGAGAUAACAGGAGGAAACUUCUAUUACCUCAUCCUGAGGAAUGAUAACUUGAACAAGCCCAUGGAAAUCUCUUAGGACCAGGAAGAUGUUUUGCCUGAUUAAUGAAGAAAGUGAACAUAUUAGGAUAAAAUCUUUGAGACCAAAAUUUAAGCAGGCAAAACAAAUAAAAAACCCAUGCAAUUUCACAUGUUGCUUUUUUAUAAUAAUAUGCAUUCAUAGUUAUAUUUGUGUAAUUAUCUUGUAGCUUAUUAAUGAAAAACUUUUUCGUUUACAAUUUCAACUUUUAGUAGCUAUAUGUACAGCUUACUAAUGCUAUCCAGAUGGCUUAUUAAUGAAAAGGCAGAUUUUAAAACUUAGAAAAUUUUAUUGGCUUAAGUCUUUAUAAGAAAUUUGAAUUAAAAUUGGAAACUUUCCAUAUAUUAAAAUCCAAAGGUAAGAUUUUAGCAUAUUAGAGACAUCUGAUUGGUCAUUUUUUAAAAUACGGCAAUAAAAAAUCUCUUAUUUUCCUAAAAAUAAGAUGUAAUCUAAAAUUUUCUAGAAGAGGUCCAGUACUAACUUAAUACCUCUAUAAGCCAUCAAAAGGUCCCCCAAAUCCCAAUAUUUUAGCAUUCAACCAACAUUUCUCAUACAGUUCUUAGUACCAAGAAGAGGUACAGAAAGCCUCCUCAAAUUUUCCUUCAGGAGAUAAAAUUCACCAAAUGUAUGGGUCAAAUAUCCACCCAUUUGGGACAUAUUCUUUAGGAAAAUCACUCAAUCUAUGUAUUUUGGAUCUCUUCAUUGUGAAUUAAUGUUCCAUUCAGGUAUGUUCUGGAAUAUAGAGAUGAACAACAACAAUAAUAUGUCCUCUAACAUUAAGGAAUCAUUGUUCAUGUUUUUAGACUUUUUCUCUACCUAAAUUUAGCAAAAACUAUGCUUUUUUAUGCUAUGGAAGCUUACCAGCUUACCCAAUUACUGGUCCUAGGCACUCUUCAAUCUUAGUAAACCUAGGGACAUUUCUGUCCCUUGGUGGAUCAUACUUAUUAUACCGUUCAACAGAUGUUACUAGUACUUACUGGGAGUGACACUAUUUGAGUCUUUCAAAACAAAAACAAAACUGAAAAUUCAAUGACUUCUGAGACUCCUACAGGAGUUGCAAAGCUUUUAUGCUUCUGACUGGUUAAAAAUUAAUAGCAGUUUAAAAUUGCCUUAGGAAAACCACCAUCAUGCAUACGUAAAACACCUGCCUCUAUCUACCUUCGGUACUGAAUCCAUCCACACAAGGUGACUUCUUGGCCUAAGUGAGAAGAACGCAACUCUCCACACGUGUUGGUCCGGGCAACAAAACUACUGAGUUCUUAAAGAAACGAAAAAAAGGAGAAAACUACAUUAUAAGAAAUGAAAAGGGUGAAUGAUGUGCUUCUACACAUAAAGCUAUGCAGUCGAGACUAGGGGAAAAAUGGAAUAAGCACUCUUGCUGCAGAGAAAAGGAGGAAGGGCUGGGCUGUUCAGAGGACAAACCUCUUCACUACAUUCACCUGGAAUUCUCCUCUGUGAACUCAGUACCAGACUUCGGGAGAAAGAACCCCAGAUCAGCUGUGUGGUCCUUCUAGUGGGUCUGGAUAAACCCCUGUACAGCCGACUUAACCAACAGAACAUGUUAGAGCCGCAGGAUGGCGAGACGCUCAGGAAUCUCACGCAGCAGGUGUUGGAUGGCGGUCAAAAGUCAGUUUUGGAAAUACACACAAAUCCCUUAAAAUGUUAGGAGUUCCCACUCUCUUAUAUUUAAGCCCUUGUCCGCUGAACAUUCAAGAGCUCGUGUCGGCAAACUAGAUAAAUCUGCAGUCUUUGGGGCCUUUGGGGAAGUUGGGUAGGGGAAGGGCCUUUUAAAAUCUUUGUCCCCUCUCAACGCAUCCGUUUCACUUCUAUUAACAAACAAAGCUUCGGCCUGAAGUGACAAGCGUACGAUUCCAUAGAGCAGCCAAGGCGGGACACCGCGGCCACGCAGAGGCAACACGGGGCCGGUCAGCAGGCGCACGCCCUUCCCAUCCUUCCACGCUUCCUCGAAGGUUCCCGCGGGCAGAACCGGAAAACAGGGAGGAAAAUCAGCCCCGCGUUUCAAAUCUCCCAAACCUGGUGGCCGACCUUGGGUCUUCAGAAGGAGGAAUGAAAGCAAAUCCAAAAUGUUUCUAGGGCCCGAAACCACACACAGAUCGCCGCUGGGAGCCAAGCUGUCCUUUACCCACCCCACGAACAACCAAGAUUACGGUGGAGGGAGUCAACCAAUCAGAACAGAGGGAGUGCCGCCAUCUUUACUACGGGCGGAAGUUUGAAGGACCGCUGAGCACCGGUAGAAAAGCGCGGAAGAUGAACACCCCGCGAUUAGGAAAGUAGACUUUAAUGGUUAGAGCGCUCCCGUGCCCUCAGUUAAAAUGGCAACCUUAGUUGCUUCACUGACUUGGAAUCGGCGCCAUGGAGGCGUCCAGCGUCCUGCCGCAGAGCGAGUCGGGAAACGAUUUUAAACUGAGGAGGCGGCUGAACGCAAAGUUGCUGCUUCUCAACGGCGGGAUUUUUGGAGCCGGCGUUGGCCCCUGAGGCCUCAGGUGGAGAGGGGCGCGUUGGGACACACUGUCCCUUGCCCUUUCCCUCCGUGGGCUGAAGCAGACUCCGCAGGAGCGAGGGUCGCGGAGCUGGGUGGCUGAGUCAGCGGAAAUGUCCUUCCCGGCGUGAAGUGUCGGGCUCGGCUGGCGCCUGCGGGAGCGGAGGUCUCCUUACUGGGCCCGUUUGCGUCCGUCGUGAACCCAGCUGUGGUGGAGCGAGAGGGAAUUUGGGAGCGCCAGGGUUUCCUCCGGACUUAACCCUUCGCUGUCAUUUUGGCGGCUGUUUUACUUCAGGGGAUUUCAGUUUCGACGUAGUUUUGGAUCCAGACUUGAAGAAUGAUUCGUGAAGGGAAUGGUUGACAGCGUCAUCACGGCAUUUUAUUGACCAUGGAUUCUUAUGAUGCACCAGAAUCGACUCCUAGACAGUGUGCAUCCUCAAGGCUUAAAGAUUACUUUAUAGGUGCCACCCCUCUGCAAAAACGAUUAGAAUCAGUCAGGAAGCAGACUUCAUUUAUCCCGACUCCACCUCGAAGGAAAAUUCCCCAGUGUUCACAACUUCAGGAAGAUGUUGAUCCUCAAAAGUUUGCAUUCCUUCUGCAUAAACAAUGGACUUUAUAUAGUUUAACUCCCUUAUAUAAAUUCUCCUAUACUAAUUUCAAAGAGUAUUCUAAACUUCUGAAUGCAUUUAUUGCUGCUGAAAAGCAAAAAGGACUUGCUGUGGAAGUGGGAGACGACUUCAACAUCAAAGUGAUUUUCUCUACUCUCCUGGGAAUGAAAGGAACACAGAGAGACCCUGAAGCAUUUCUUGUCCAGAUUCUGUCAAAAUCUCAAUUGCCAUCUGAGCACAGAGAAGGUAAAGUGUUGUGGACUGGUUGGUUCUGCUGUAUAUUUGGAGACAGUCUUCUGGAGACUGUUUCAGAAGAUUUCACCUGUCUACCCUUAUUCCUUGCAAAUGGUGCAGAGACUAAUACAGCCAUAAUUGGAACCUGGUUUCAGAAAACUUUUGACUGUUAUUUCCGUCCCUUAGCAAUCAAUGCGUUUAAUCUUUCUUGGAUGGCUGCUAUGUGGACUGCAUGCAAAAUGGACCAUUAUAUGGCUACUACUGAAUUUCUUUGGUCUGUACCCUGUAGCCCUCAAAGUCUGGAUAUUUCUUAUGCCAUACAUCCAGAAGAUGCAAAAGCUUUGUGGGACAGUGUUCACAAAACACCUGGGGAAGUUACCCAGGAGGAAGUUGACUUAUUCAUGGACUGCCUGUAUUCACAUUUCCAUAGACAUUUCAAAAUUCAUUUAUCAGCCACAAGAUUGGUUCGUGUUUCAACAUCUGUAGCUUCAGCACAUACUGAUGGAAAAAUAAAGAUUUUGUGUCAUAAAUACCUUAUUGGAGUGUUGGCAUAUUUGACAGAACUGGCAAUUUUUCAAAUUGAGUGAGGCCUUGUGGGGACUAUAAGUUAUGGAUUAUAUACCUUUUUCUCAUUGACUAUCUGCCUAAUUGCUAUGCUGAGGGGGACUGCAGGAGAAAUGGGCAUCUGUACAUCUGUUUUCCUCACAGUGCCUUGGAGUUACCCAGAUGAAAGCCAAGAAGGAUCUAGAAGAACAAAGAAGGUGGUAGUGGAUGAACCACAGCCAGGUGCUUGUGUAAUAUAGUCCUGGUCAUCUGGGAUGCCAGUCUGUAGAAUAUGCCGAGUUAUUAAUUUGUUGGCCAUCUUUCUAAAAAAUAUAUAAUGUUUUAUUAUGUGAAAAUUUUUAGGAUUCAAAUGAGAUACCUCUAAUAUUGAAUAUUUCUGAUUUGCAUCUUUAAAACCUUUAAUCCCUAAUUUUAAGCAUUUUAGACUUGUAGUCAGAGAGAAUUUCUAUGUUCUAUAGACAUUUUCCUAGCAUCAUUUUGCUGUAGAGCGCCAGCAAUCAAAAUCCUCCCCAAAGGAAACUAAAGUUACUAUACAUUUUUUAAGCCACUA